AUGAUCAAGCAACACCAACAGAAUCCAUUACAUUUGAAUUCAUAUCGUCUCAAAUAUGAACCAAAGGAGCAAGACAUUCCUUGCAUCAUCCGAGAGGUUCUUUUCGCUCCCCCAUGUCCGAAUGAAGAAAUUGCAAAAUUAAUUGAAGUUGCGAUGAACUAUCAUAAUUCGAGUUUAUAUCAACAAGCUAUUGAUGGCUACAUUCGAGCUCAAAAUUUAUGGAUCGAAUACGAGUACAUUAGACGAAAAAAAGAGUUGAUUGAUUUGAGAAUGGAAGAUUUUGUAGAAAUUUCGAAAAAUUUGGAUCUUACCGAACAGAACGAGAGACGAUUGGCUUUGGAGAAAGAUAUUGAGGAGGAAUUAAAAGAUAGUAUGAUGCAUAAAGAUUUCUUGAGUCCUCAAGUAUUGGUAUAUUUCAGGUGUGCCAUUGGGCUCGUUUACCAAAGUUUAGGUAACGACGAUUUAGCUAUUAGCGAAUUUAUGGAGGCCAAAAAGUUUGCUGCAAAUAUGAACAAUUGUGACUCUGCCAUCCCGUACAGUUGUGUUGGUAGCGUAUUUUACCAUGUUGGACAAUUCUUGUUAGCAAACAAGUACUUUACUAAGGCUUUGGAAAUAAGGCGUGCCUUGGUUGGAGAAAAUAAUGUAGACACAGCAGUCUCAAUUGUUAAUGUGGCAUGCAGCCAACAAUGCCUUGGGGAAUUUCAAAAUGCCAAUGAUCUGUAUUUACAAGGAAUGAAAGUUCUCCGAGAAAAACUUGGUCACACACAUCCUAGAACGGAAACAGCCACACGAAAUUAUAAUAGAUUUAAAGAUAACUUUCUAAAGCACUGUAGCUUUGAUGCUAUUCUCACUACACCCUACCAACCGCUCGAAAUACCCAUCUUUAAAGUUUCGAAAUCGGAGCCUGAAAAGAAAGCAAGUGGCAAAAAAUCAAAGAAAAAGAAAUAA